AUGAUAUACGACGAGAGUUACUUCAAGGCGAGAGAUGCUGCAUACGAAAGGAAUAAGAGUUACUUCGAAACAGAAGCGACGAAACUUCAAAGACGGAUGAAUGAGAUGAAAGAGCGGAUUCUCAAUAUCCGCCGGGAACGAAGGAAUUUCUACGCACAUCGCAAUGACCAUGACCCAUUUCAAAUUCAAACCUCUGAACUUUUAUGUUACCUAUCUUUGUCCAAACAGCCAAGGCGUCGGACCAUCAAUAAUGCAAAUGUGAAAUUUGACCUUGAGCUGUACGAGACUCUGAUACUCAAUGGCGAAACCAAAUAUGUCAAAGAUAGACUUAUCAAAAUCUCAGACGUUGACGUAGCAAUAAAUGCUCGGUACGGCUUUCAUCCACAAGAUUUUAAAUUGGAAUCCUCCGAAAUUCCCGAUGAUGUUGUGGGGCUGAUAAAUACAAAACAAUGGCCGACCUUACUCAUCUCUAUUUCUGGAAAGAAGCCACAGGUGAGAAGUCCAAACUGCGCGAUAUUCUCAGAGACAAGUGCAGCGAUCUCCUGA